UGCAGAAACGGGCGAAAGGCCAGUACCUGUUCUUUAAAGUGUACGAAGCCCUGAACCUACUGGAGAAGGACUACUUUGGGUUGAGUUACAAAGACAACGCUGACCAGACGGUAAAGUCAUUGUGUUUUUAACCACAUUCUUCUAUGGUGAGAUCUGAAGGCCUGCUUUAAGAGAAUAAUCUGGCUUUUCCAGAACAGGAAAGACAUUAGAAAUGCAAACGUAUCUUCUACAUGCCCUCAGAUCCACUUUUGAGGGAAUGUUUUCUUUCUAAAGUACCAGUACCUUUACUAGGCCUAACUACACUGAACAAAAAUAUAAACGCAAUGUGCAACAAUUUCAACGAUUUUACUGAGUUAAAGUUCAUGUAAGGAAAUCAGUCAAUUGAAAUAAAUUCAUUAGGCCCUAAUCUAUGGAUUUCACAUGACUGGGAAUACAGAUAUGCAUCUGUUGGUCACAGGUACCUUAAAAAAAAGUUAGGGGCGUGGAUCAGAAAACCCGUCAGUAUCUGGUGUGACCACCAUUUGCCUCAUCCGGCGCGACACAUCUCCUUCGCAUAGAGUUGAUCAGGCUGUUGAUUGUGGUCUGUGGAAUGUCGUCCCACUCCUCUUCAAUGGCUGUGCGAAGUCGCUGGAUAUUGGCAGGAUCUGGAACACGCUGUCGUACACGUCGAUCCAGAGCAUCUCAAACAUGCUCAAUUGGUGGCAUGUCUGAGUAUGCAGACCAUGGAAGAACUGGGACCAGGAAUUAUGUACAGAUCCUUGCAACAUGGGGCCGUGCAUUAACAUGCUGAAACAUGAGGUGAUGGCGGCGGAUGAAUGUGACGACAAUGGGCCUCAGGAUCUCGUCACGGUAUCUCUGUGCAUUCAAAUUGCUGAAGUCCUUUACGACACCAUACUGCAAUCAAGUCAAGACCCUGGUGAGGACGAUGAGCACGCAGAUGAGCUUCCCUGAGACGGUUUCUGACAGUUUGUGCAGAAAUUCUUCGGUUGUGCAAACCCACAGUUUCAUCAGCUGUCCGGGUGGUUGGUCUCAGACGAUCCCGCAGGUGAAGAAGCCGGUUGUGGAGGUCCUGGGGUGGCGUGGUUACACGUGGUCUGCGGUUGUGAGGCCGGUCGGACAUACUGCCAAAUUCAUUAAAACAACGUUUGAGGCGGCUUAUGCUAGAGAAAUUAACAUUAAAUUAUCUGGCAACAGCUUUGGUGGACAUUCCUGCAGUCAGCAUGCCAAUUUGCACGCUCCCUCAACUUGAAACAUCUGUGGCAUUGUGUUGUGUGACACAACUGCACAUUUCAGUGGCCAUUUCUUGUCCCCAGCACAAGGUGCACCUGUGUAAUGAUCAUGCUGUUUAAUCAGCUUCUUGAUAUGCCACACCUGUCAGGUAGAUGGAUUAUCUUGGCAAAGGAGAAAUGCUCACUAACAGGGAUGUAAACUAAUUUGUGUACAACAUUUGAAAGAAAUUCGUUUUUUGUGCGUUUGGGUAAUUUCUUGGAUGAUUUAUUUCAGCUCAUGAAACAUGGGACCAACACUUUACAUGUUGUGUUUAUAUUUUUGAUCAGUGUACUUCCUAAAAUGUAUCAUGUAAUAACCUCUCUCCCAAUGGCACAGAUGUUUUUGCAUUUAUGUCCUAAAACUUUUUAUAUCGUUCUUCUAAUUGUAUAAUUAGCUAGACUUUUAUUCUGCUACAAAAGUUGCAAUGACUAAUGGUUUGACCACAUAAUAUCCCUCUCAUGAUCAAUAGGAGUUGUUUAGACAUUCCAAACGGUUUAGCGAGCCUGAUGGACCAUAUAAUUGAUAGAUGAAGGGACGUUUUGACAAAUGCCUGAAUGAAUCAAGUGAUUCAUAAAAGUCAGAUGGAUGAUAAAGUACUUCCCUGUGUGCUAAAGCCAGCCCAUCCUCAUAGGAAUGUCUGAAGUGUGCAGUAAACCUCCAGAGAACCCAGAUAUGCUUCCAGGAAAUAACAUCAGUUAUUUUCCAGAUCUGUGUCAACAUGGUUUAUUGGGAAGCUCUCUAAUAUCACUGGUUGGAGACAGAGGUUCCGCUCGCAAACUUCAGUCCAUACUAACUCUGCUCUGCUCUCCCCCACUGCCAACCAAGCAGGCCUGGUUCACAGACCCAUAUCCUUCUCUCACAUUGCCUGUCUGUAUUCUUAUGGCUUUGGCCAUGAACGUUAAAGUCUCCCCUGCACACUGUAACUGGAGCAUAAUAACAGAGUCAACACGCUCCCCAGUCUGUCUACAGGCUCAACAUCAGUCAUUGAGGGAGACUGUUGGGAGAGAGAUCAGCAUAUUUGCGGUGGGGCUGCAUGCAGAGUUUGGUUCCACGUUGACACUGGAAACUGCAGGCUAGCCAGGGGGGGGCGGGGGGAGAGGAGGGAAGAGGCUGUAUAAUACAGACUAGUGUAGUUCAGUGGAAUGUGUUUUCAUCAUGUGUGUUUGUUUAUAUAAAAGUGGAUCAUACCAGUAAUGACAAUCAUGGCUAGUUUUGUUGUGUCUGGAGUGGUCUGGAUUGGUGCUAAAUUGACAGUUUUGCUCUUUACAGCAGCUCUGUGCCUAAUGCUUCCAUCUGUGCCUUGUUUUUGAUGAUGCUUGUCUUGACAUACCUGAUCUACUACAGUACAUGAGAAGGGAAAUAAAAAGGAAGGCCUGGUGUAUUUACUUAGAAACGGCACAGUGUUCUAUGUUUAGAUGCUGUAUCUUGCCAAUAUUGACGUUUUCACAAUCAAAGUCCCACCUGCAUUUUUCUAACAUGAGUUACCAAUCACCAUGGUUACUCAACAGGGAAACUAUGAUGUUUGUGGUUAACUGCUAGAAGUAAUAAUAAAUAAUAAUAUGCCAUUUAACAGACUCUUUUAUCCAAAGCGACUUAGUCAUGUGUGCAUACAUUUUUACGUAUGGGUGGUCCCGGGGAUCGAACCCACUACCCUGGCGUUACAAGCGCCGUGCUCUACCAAUUGAGCUACAGAGGACCACAUGGAAGUCUGAUACUGUGUGUUUUUAAAUUUCUGCAUACUUGUUGAAACCAAAACUAAUAUCUCCUUUGUUUCUCAAUAUAGUGCUGGCUGGACCCUACAAAGGAGAUCAAACGUCAGAUCCGCAGUAAGUUGUGCUUUUUAACAUUUUGAAACCUAUUUCUGUAUGAGGUUUCUCAUUAAGUAACAGGGCCACCAUGGUACACACUAAGUGGCUUUACUGUACGUACCAACCUAAUGAAUGGCUUCCACACUAUACCCUGUUAUUUCCCCUACCAUUUUCUCCCCCAUUCACUGUACUCUCUAUUCUGAUAGCCCUAAUAACUAAUGUAACUGUUGACAUUUACUAGAUCUUGAGCAGAGACACGUUUUUUAAAAAUUUCUUCCUGGAGUGAGAUGCUCUUUUCACAUCUGGACAUUGGAUUGCAGUAAUUCUGGAUGGGGCUGGGGGAAUGUGUUGGGUGGAGGGAGGCUGUGCUCUGCUGAACCUCUGGGCCAGGGCAGAGAGAAGGGAAGGGGGACGCUCACCACCCCCCAGUCUGAUACUCCCAGAGCACUUAGCUUCCAGUAACACCGGCCAGAGUUGCACACACACAGUCACACCCCAGAGAGAAUUCACUAUGUAGCCAUGGGAACGGCGGCUCUGAGCGGCGGUACGGUCUGUCCAGGGCCUGGGAUGCGUUAAGAGCAUAAAACGCCGUGCAGUACAGCCCCAGAGGCCUGCAACAGGCCUCUUCUGGUCCACCGACUCUUACAGUGGUCAUUCUACCUGGCUGUCCAGGAGCCAAAGCUAUGCCAAUUUUCUAGCCUUAUCUCUCAGUCUUGUUUGGACUGCUUCAGCACCUUGCGUCAAUGAGUGAGAAACAGACAUAUGCCUUGUCUGUUAGCCACAGUUUGCUCCCUUCGAGAUAAAGUCAGUAUCUGGAGCGCAGGCUGAUAAGGGAGGCCACUGUUAGACUGACUUGACUGAUUCAGGUCAGUAGGCAGGCAGAGUUCACAGCCAGGCCUGUAACUGAAAUCACUAGUGGUUUAUGUUCCUAACUCACAGGUCACUGACUACCAGUGGGAUCCAGUGAAAUCAUAGAUAUUGGCGCACUUUCUUUAACAUAUGUAAUAUUAAGAUAAUGGCCUGUGCUGUGCUUUGGCUGGUUGGGGUUUGAGCUCUCUCUCCUCAGAGACAGAUGGAAAGACUUGGAGCGCAGCAGUGCGGAGGAAAUUGCCCUGACAUGAAGUCAUCUUCUCUGGGAUUUGAAUUUUGUGCAGCUUGACUAUGGACCUGAUGUCACCCGUGGGUGGGCGAGACCUUUUUAUUUGUUUCACUUAUUGAACCUAUUGUGUAGGAUUUCACAGACCAAUGGUGCAUUGCUGGUGUAUAUGAUUCUAUGAUAUGGUACUCCCCAUUUCAUGCAAUUUGCUGUGCCUGUUUACCCUGUAAUAGUACUCUAUGGUGUAUGACUGGGGAAUGGAGGCUAUCACAUCACAUGAAUUGAGGCCUCAGCUCAGACCCAUUUAUCUGCAGCUUGUGACUCCGACUGGAACGUUUCAAGGAUAAUUUAAAAUUGGGAAAACGAGGCAGAGAGGAGCGGGAAACCGAAAUCACCUGUGCCCCUGUCACACCACCACGGUUUACUUUUGGAUGGUCAUCUUUGUAAAAACGGUUACUUUUUAUGAGUCUUUCCAUGAAUGCUCACUGGGAAAAUGACCCUGAUUUCCAAAGCAGCUUCUGUGUGCUAGAGAACAUCAGAUUUUUUUGCUCUCGAUAUUUGUCCUCUUUCACACCUGAAAUACUACACUUAAUGGGAUCAUUGAAGCUACUGCUCUGCAAAGUUUUCCUGCCACACACAAAUACACACACACACACCAGAAAAACACAAUGUUCCUGGACAGAUCAAGUGGUAUUAGGCCCUCUGAGACAGUCAUGUGAUUAGAGCUUCCCCCUCCCAGUAGCACCAGUGAUUUAACCCUCCCCUCAUUGAUUGUGAAGGGUGAUCGUCCAGACAUGUGACUUGCUCUGAGCCAGCUGCCUUACAUUCCAGUGUAUCAGUCUUUAAUCUGCCUCUAGCUUCCUCAAAUGGUCACUGACCUCUUCGCUCAGUCCGGCUAAAGGACAACGGCUACAAUAUGACUACUGUUGGAACAGGAGAGGAACAGUGGCGCUUUAAUUUGUGGGGUCAUUUUUGGAAUUCCUCUUUAACAUAUUUGACAUUCUGUAUCCCAUGCCCAGGCUAAGUAAGCAUGGGUGAAUUUGGCCAGUUUUUCCUUCUCAUGUCUUGUGGAAAAUGAAUAUAAAGUAAGCAUGUUUUGUAUGAUUUUCUAUGAAUUCUCAGUGUUGUGCAGACUUGAAAAGAGAAGAAGUGAAUUCCUUCCCAAAUGUAAUUUUCUCCACACAGUCAGUGGAAUUGUUUGCUUGCCUGGCUUUUCUUCCCAAUGUUGGCUCUCACAUGGCCUGGGAUUAUGGGAAGGAUGAAAAGCAGAGCCCUUCGUUGCUGCAGCAAAAUAAAUGGUCCCCAUGGGAUCACUUCAUGAUUACUCUGUUCCAGCAUACUGUGCAGACGAGACCAAGGACACUCACUCGCCUGCAGCUAAACAGACAGGACAUUACUAUCGCUCUCCACUGAUAAGCAAACACAGAACCUCCAUUUCAUUAUUUAAUUAUCCCUUUUCUGCAUAAAAAUCCAUAAUUCCUAAUACGUUUCAGACCGUACAUUUCAGGGAAACAGAGUAGGAAGACCAUUAAGUCUUAUGUCAGGACACGGUUGACAUUUUGUUGUCAAUUGAGCCGUUGUGUAACGUCCCUCGCCCAGAUGAAAGAGAGGGAGAGCGAUUGUCGUCAUCAUCCGUCUCUUCUCUUCCCGGGUGUAAUCGGGCUAGCGCUAGCCCAUACCUCUCUCGCUCUCGCUCUCAGCUAGCGGUUGCUAGGUGACAACCAGCCCUAGCCUAAUGCUGACGAAGCUAUAGGCAUCGCCACAUCAAGCCUGUGGUCUAUGACUGGACACGCACACAGAGAUGAGGCGAUAGUGUGUAUUAGCUCUGCUAAUCCUGUCUCAUCUCACAUGGCGCUCUCUUAUCGCUGACAACAGGAAGUGAUACAUGGAGCCUUGCAAAGGGCUCUUAAGCCCAUCUGACCCCAACACUAGUAGGCUACUACUAGAAAGUAGGUUGCUUACUUAGAAGUUACUCCAUAUCAUGAUUACGUGUCAAGGAUUUGUGGUUUUUUCUUUAAUUUUAUCAACCCAUCCACCACCCCCCUUCAGAGGACACAUCUUUUUAGUUUUUACAUACUUUUUUGCUACAUAUAUACAUUUUACAUUUCACACUUUACAUAUACAUUUUCGAUAUACAUUUUCCGUACAUGGCACUUUUAUAUGCAGCGAUCACAUAACAAUAAAUCAUUACCGAACAUGAGCUCUUUAAUCCCAACCCACAGCCACUCUCAGACCAUCCCAACUAUCACCGUAGACCGCCCUCGUUUGGUUUCCAUGUGCCAUAUCUUUUUCAAUUGUGAUGUGAAGUUGAUUGAAAACCGUUUGUGUUGUUGAACAUGUUCUUCUGAAAUGUACUGUGUUCUCCGCUAGCUGGUUGAAUCUAAAUCCAGCCCUUUUCUACUGAUUUUAAAUCCCCUCAGUGUGUCCAAUGAUGAAUACCCAAAACAGAGAGUGAGCGGUAUGUUGAAAGACCCUGUUUCUGCUCUGUCAUUUUUGAUGAGUCUGGGUGCCACGGUGCAGGAACAAAUCAAAAUGACUCUCACCAGGUCUUUCCAGGCUUGACAAAACUCCACUUCAAAGGGAAGACCUAAAUUGCAUACUCCUCACGUUGUCUCUCCUCGUCUCCUUCUCAAAACUGAUUGGAGGAGAAAGACAGAGGUCCCGCCCCUCUGACCUUCUCCUCCAAUGGGUUUUGAGAAGGAGACGAGGAGCGAGGAUGCGAGGAGUAUGCAAUUGAGAUCUUCCCAAAGCCUCUCCUCACGGGUCGUAGCUGUUGUGUAAUUGCGUGCAGCUGCUACAUCCUUCCCAGUGUGAGUUCUUGUUCUCUUUCCAUCUCUCUGCCUGUCUCUUUUUCCCCCGCUCUCUGAUUCCCUCUCCCCCACCACUCUUCUACACCACCUCAUACACACACACACACACACACACACACACACACACACACACACACUCCUUACGGUCGAUGAGCGCAGCUGUUGGGGCAGUGCCAUAUUUUUAGCAGUGUGUGUGUUCUUAGCACAUCUGGUUCUUAGCACAUCUGGCCUGGCAUGCCACCAUCGCUUGUUUUUCUGUGUUCAUUAUUUGACACUAAAUGCAUAAUUUCCUUCCUCUACAUACAAACGCUCACCCAAAUGAUUAGCUGAUGUCAGUCCAUCUUUGCUUGAACACGUGGCCUUGCGCCUUUAGAAAUAAUGAUCAUGUGUUAUGAUAUUGUAGAUCAAGUAUUUAUUUGACUCUUUUAAUCAGAUGAGUCCUGUCCUUUCUGUUUCCUUUCCACAGAUGCCACCUGGCAGUUUGCGUUCAAUGUCAAGUUCUACCCUCCGGAUCCAUCCCAGCUGACCGAGGAUAUUACCAGGUAUUGUACUGUCGCUUUCAUCAGGAAACAAAGAGGUCAAACAGCCACAUCACACACUCCUUUGAUUGUACAUUUGAAUGUUUGGCUUUAUUAUGUUAGUCAUCAAGCAAAAAAUGAUCUGCCCAGUCGUGCAAACAAAGAAUGCUUUAAUGCCACACAGGUGGCCCGGAGCAGUCAACCUACAGUCUGUUAAUACUUUACAUUCACACUAUUUGGACAUCUUUCCAGAGAAUAUUGUACACUGGCUUUAUGGGGGAAAUGUAAAUAGUUGUACUGUUAUGGUAUGUACCGUACAUGUUGAUUUUCGACCAGCAUGCACAUACAGAAUGUAACUAAACACACACACAUGCUAGCACUGUUAUUCAAUGUACACCCAGUCUAUAUAACCUAUUCCAGAUACAGUAAAGGCAAGUCCAUUGCUGUACAGUAGUUGUACACUGCAGCAGCAACAUGCAUUAGACUCCUGGUUGAUGAGGUCAGAAGAGCAGAGCACUGAGAGAAUGGGAGGGGACGGUGGGUGGCCAUUGAUUGUUCAAUAUCCAUGUGUUCCCCCAGCUUCCCAGUGUCUAAUCAUUCCCUGCGCUGAGCCCUCAGCCGGUGCCUAAUCUAGCAUAGAAGUGCCCUCUUUGAUCGGCGCCCGUCAAAAGGUUGCAGCAAUAUCCAGUGCAGUGGAGCGGUCUUCAGCCUCCCGAGUUUAGUUUCAGCACAGCCCCAGGGCCAAGGUCACAGGCAAUGGAGGGCAAUCAUCUGCACACACACCUACCUUCCUUUCCCUCUCGCAGUGUGCCGUUACCACAUAUGCUAUUUCUGCUUCUGUGAGUCUGCAGGCUGCUGCACUACUAUAACGUACAGGAAAACGCCCACGUACACACUACACUCCCAACACACAGCUUUCACAUGCGUGUUAUGUCAGAACUGAAGUAGUGGGCUAGUGUCAUGAGAAAUGUACAGACCAAAUUUACAAAAUGUAUUUCAUGCCUCAAUGUGGUUAUGGACUGUGACUCUCUCCCUCCACCCCUCCUCCUCAUCCCAUCUCUCUCUCUCUCGCCCCCCCCCCCCCCACCCUUUUAUCGCAUCUCUCCAUCUCCCUGUAGAUAUCUCCUGUGCCUUCAGCUCCGGCAGGACAUAGCGUCGGGGCGUCUGCCCUGCUCCUUCGUCACCCACUCCCUGCUGGGUUCCUACGCCCUGCAGGCUGAGCUGGGAGACCAUGACUCCGGCGAGCACCGCCUCGACUACAUCAGUGACUUCCAGUUUGCCCCCUCCCAGACCAAGGAGAUGGAGGAGAAGGUGGUGGAGCUCCACAAAACUCACAGGUCAGGGCCGUGUGGGGUUAAAGGGAUAGUUCAGCAAUAACUAUCCCUUUUAAAUUAGCAAACGAGCAAGUGAAGAUGAUGCUGAAGUCAUAGUUUUAGGGGAGAUUAAAUAUAGCUGAAGGUGCCUCUUUAAAACCCAGGACUGGGGAGAGACACCUGUGUAGAAAUUAGUUGGAAACGACCCCUGGACUGUACAGGUAAUGUGAUCAUUAUCAUACUUUGAAUUCCCAGUUUUCAGGACCUGACACUUCUCAGAUCAUUCAAUUGAACUCUUCACCUCUGUGUUUGUUUACAAUAUUAUUUAUUUUUUUGUCUACUUGUCAAGGGGGAUGACUCCUGCUCAAGCAGAUGCCCAGUUCUUAGAAAACGCUAAGAAGUUGUCGAUGUACGGUGUGGAUCUCCACCAUGCCAAGGUGACUAGCUGCCACAGACACCAGGUUUUGAAAUGUCCAAUUCAACCAGAAAUUAUGUUUAAGGAAUCAUUCCUGUGUUUAUUUUUGGGGAAAUGUGAGGAAAUACAUUUAUAUGUUUAUAGAAUGCCCUGCGAUGAGAAAAUGUGAAGCUGAUAAUGCUAGGAAAGAUUAAUGAACUGUAAGCUGUAGUGUGGCUAUCCUCUGCACAAGGAGGCAUAGCCUGCUGGUCAGUAUCCAAACUUAGUCAUUAGUCCCAGGAACUGUUCUCCUAUGCUCCAUUUGUUGUGUAUGGAAGUCUGGAAGAAACGCCUGUGAGAGCACACAGGACUCAGGGAGGCUCCUUUGAUGUGGUGUGCAGUGAGGGGAAGAGAAAGGGCACCGGAAAACACAAAGCCAAAGUAUUUCAACUGGAAAAGAGAGUGGGCCCUACCACCGCAUCAGCUGUACAAACACAUGAGGUGGAUUGGAGCCGGAGCUCUUUUCACUGGGCCAUCGACAUGGGACGUGGAAUGAUCCCUCGUCUCUCCACAUGGACUGGACAUGGGUUGAAAAUACUCCGAGAAAUGUUCUGCUGGUCCAUAGAGAGGGAGAGGGGGAAUGGGAGGGGGCGCGAUAGGGGGGGAGAGAGGGGGUCAGUGACCUUUUUAGUUCAUAUCCCAACCGUCAGUGAGAAAAGUACCGCCUCGCUCUCUCUCUGAGUCUCUGUCUCUCUCUGUGUGUGUAGGCAGGGAAAGCAGGUCAUGUGGAAAAGCAUGCCAAGGACAUACUUAGUGAGAGGGUUUGGUUAAAAGCCAUGCAUUGACAUCUAAUAGUGGCCAUGCCCAUCGGCGGGGAAGGAUUUUCCUCCUUAUUUUACAGUUGAAUACCCAAAUCAAUAGUCACUCCGUAUCUAUCCAUACAGCCUGGACUUAAAAGGCCUUUUAUGGUGUCAUGCAAGGUUGAUAACAACGUUACCAUUGAGUUAUGGUGGGGUGAUUGAAUAUCCGGCCUUAUUCAGAUGUAUGUUAUUGCUAAUAAUUCCAUUGUGCGCCUUGGUGAUAUUCUAAAUCUUCUGGGCUGAAAUCUGAGAACGUUGUCUGUUCUCUAUCCUUGUUGUCUGUACUGAAUACCUGACUGUGUUUUCUCUUUAUUGUACUUUGCUGAACUGUUGCUUUGGCUGGUGUCUUUGUCUGCAGGACUCUGAGGGAGUGGACAUCAUGUUGGGAGUGUGUGCCAACGGCCUGCUGAUCUACAAAGACCGACUCCGGAUAAACCGCUUCGCCUGGCCAAAAAUCCUCAAGAUCUCCUACAAACGCAGCAACUUCUAUAUCAAAAUCAGGCCGGGAGAGGUACGGAACAGCACCGCCCUCAGAGGAAAGACUAGACAUUUCCACAUUUUGGAGUUGUCCUUUCGAAAGCCCACUCGAGAAGUCAGCCGUAGGAAGCAGACUCCUUCAUUGAGCCAAAUACUGACAGUGUUAGGAGAUGGUUUGAUUGUACAGAUGGAAAUGCUGACAUUUAGAUAUUUUUUCUCAAGGCCCAUUAAAACUAGUGUCUUGGAAGAAGGGAUGGCGGUGGGGGGGUUGGGUCCAUAUCCCUGUCUUUUGUAGAGCAUAUGUUUUCUAUCUAAGCUAGUCUCCAGUACUCAGGGGAACUCACCUCUAUACUCUGUCUUCCAGACAGAGCAGUUUGAGAGUUCUGUGGGCUUCAAACUGCCCAACCACCGCGCUGCCAAGAGAGUCUGGAAGGUCUGCGUGGAGAAUCACACUUUCUUCAGGUAACAGUCACACUGUCAGCAUCCAUGUCAACGACCCCUACAAACCCCUACAUUUCUGUGUAACCUAAUCCUGUUCACCUCUAACUCACUGCUUCAGACUCGAAAAUAUGUCUGAACCAGGAAGAACUAGUGUGUUAGGUCCUUUUGAAGUCUGUUGUUUUUGAAUGAUUGCACCAUUCAUUAAAAUGUUCUGUUCCACCAUCUACAUGCCCUUUCUAACCUGUUGACUCUGUGAAAUGUGUGUCUAAGCUAACACAGACAAAAAGGAGCCCAUGUCAAACCCCAGUGGAGCAUGUUGAAUGGUGUUUCCCCCACAGUCUGAAGUGUGUACCAACUGGAGUGUGUAAUUGGCCAGUCUCUAGGGAGCACUAGGUUCCUCCGAUACUUCCUGUCCAGUGAAAAGACUGAGGAGACGGAGCACAGUGUAGUGGAGCAUGGCCGUCGUGCACUUAUUUGUUUAAGCAGCUUCUCUGUCCGAGGCCUAAAGCCAUGGCCAUUAUCAUGUGAUUAAGCUGUCUCCUUAGCGUCCGCUCUGCAGGGCUGUAUCAUUAAGGAAGCAACUGUCCCCCCCCCCUGGGGAUUUAAGAAUGAGCAAACAUUUAAUAUCCUGUAGGAAAGCAGAGUCCCUCAGAGACACUGAUAGAGAUGCGUGUUUCAACCGUAAAACCCCAACUUCUCCCUCCCAGAUCAGCCCGUCCCUUGGGGGUUCAUCUGUCUUGACGUCAUUUGAAACGCAACUAUGGUUGGAAUCACCCCAGCAACGCGUCAUGUUAAAUACAUCCCACCUGCUGCGCCUCGCAUUGUUUGACAGUUUGUAAGAGGAGUGUCGGCCCACGAGAAAUUGGAACCGGAUUCGCCAUGGAGAUCCUCGGUUGUUUAAUCGAGCUGUGUUGUUCUUGGCACAGAUGACGAGGAGGGGAGCCACAGCCUCAACAAACGCAAAGCAAAAAAUCACUUGCUGCCUUCCCUUCAACCCAACCACUAAUAGCCAAAAGCCCUGUAGUGCCUCUCUCUCCUAACAUUCAGAUCAUCUGUGUACUAAAUCAACUCCUAGUAAUGACUCUCCUUAAAUUGUCAAGUUUUAAUUAGAAGCCCCGCCUUCUACUUAAUGGUCUUGUACACUGAUAUCAAUACCAAUAGCUUUAAUCGCCCAGGUCAUUAUCGGUUUGGGCUAACGAGCUUGAUCAAAGAGCGGCUUCUUUUGGACAGUGUUGUGAAGGCAUGAUGUCAUGUCAGACCCAGGCCCUGGCUGGGCUGGGAUGGAGAAGUCGUGCCGGGCUGCUGAGAUCAUGAUGGAAUCCACAGACACCCUGACACACCAGCAGCACGCCCAGGGCCAGCGUGUUUAAAUGGGGUUGAAAUCAGCUCUGGCCUCCACGCCCCUGGGUUAAACAACAGACCCCCGCCCCACUAUGCCUGUAUAAGAGCAGAAAGCAAGAGCCUUACUUUAUGGACGCCACUGUGGCUAAACCUGACACCACUAGGACAAUGCCAGAGACAUCUGGACUGAAUGCCGCCCCCCCCCCUCUCUCUCCCCUCUCCUCCAGCCUGCCGUCACCUCAGGCUGGGUACAGACCUGUUUGAAGGAACUUCUGCUCUGUAGGGGUUUGUGAAGGGGUGUGUGUGUGUGAGAGAGAGAUGUCUGAAUUAGGGGCCCUGCAAAGUGAAUGGGGAGAGCUGGAUGGGCAGGAAAGCCCUGUCGCCAUGGGAGAUUAAGGAUAGGGGCAGGGAUGUUUGUGACCACCCCUCCCCCACCCCCACCUCUGUCUCCCGAUAAUAUUUAGUCCCAACCACAGCUGUUACUCAGAGCAGAGCCAGCUAAGGGGAAAAAGAGACUGCUAAAUGUUCAGCGCCCAGUUUUAAGUGUUUUAUAGCUAUGUUUAUUUACGGUCACUGACAAACAAUGAGACUGUUGAAUGGAUCCCUUAUACCUGAGUCUUCAUGACUCAUCCUAGUCCUCUCUAUUAACACACAGAGAUGUUUAUCACUUUGGCUUCAGCGGUUGGCCCAGUUUACUGGCAGUAAAUUGAUUUUUCAUGGGGAAAAAAAUAUAGUACUCUAUCUACUCUCACUGUCUUCCAGUAAACUAAAAUACGUUUUGCAUACUGCCACUAAACUACUGGAUAUGAAAGGGUUUGUUUUCAGAAUAGUAUUGAUCUUAUUUUGGUCCUAUUCUCGCUCCAGGUUGAUGACUCCAGAAGCGCCCACUAAAGCCAAGUUCCUCACGCUGGGCUCCAAGUUCCGCUAUAGUGGGCGCACCCAGGCCCAGACACGACAAGCCAGCACCCUCAUCGACAGGCCGGCACCCUACUUCGAGCGCACCUCCAGCAAGCGCAUCUCACGAAGCCUGGAUGGAGGUAGGCCGUGGCACUAGACAACACACACACUUGGGAUUUGGGAGGAUUUAUUACUCUGCCCACUACCUUGAACUAUGGGCUCCACUGGUAAUGAGUGUGAGUCAGUCCAUAGCUAUCUCUGCAGGAGGUGAGUAGAGUGUUACUCAGUGGCACAUGGCCUCUAAACCCGGCCUACACAAGCAGUAGGUCUCUUUGUGACCAUCAGAGAGCUCUGAUUCAGUCCGCUCAGUGCAGACACCGUAGGGGGCCGUCACAGAACCACAGCCUACCUCAGCCUCGCCAUCAAAGAGAUGUUUAGAGAAACUGCUGGGGAAACACUCCAAACCGGAGAGAGGGAGGGAAUGAAGGAGGGAAAGUAACAAAGGACCCACAGGAUCAGAGGAAAACCAUUACAGUGAGAUGUACAAAAAGAAACACAACCCUGUUCAGAUGUCUCUGUAUGACAGCAAUCCUCAACAUGCCUCAGCAUGCAUUCUUUUCCCCUGCCAACCGGUAAAGUUUAGAGCACACUACACAUCAUCCUAGUUUGUUCAAACUGUCUUGUCAGCUGAACUAGGUUGGUCUUAUGGACUAUUAGGAUAUUUGUCUCUUCUAAGUGUUUAGAGCUGAGCUAGUGUCCUGUACAGUGUCAGCCAGUGAGUGUGUAGCUAGCUUACUUGACAUAUUCCCUCCCCAUCAUGGGCAUUGGUUAGAAACAGGAAAUGGCUCCAACAUCUGUUUUCCUUUGUUGGGAACGCUGGGAUUAAUGACUGUGGAUGAAACUGGACUCAUUCUUCUUGACCAGGGGAUUUCAAAGUGUUUAUAUUGCUGGACCCGGGCUGUAUACAUUACAUUAUACAUUUAACAUGGGAAAGAAACGGUGCCACUAAAGCAUUUGCACGCAUGAAGGAUGUUGUCAGUCCAAGGCCCACGUGAACUAUUAGGCCUAUUUUCAACCAUGAAUGCGUUCUAGAAAUUACUCUGAGCAAAACGACUGAAAUGCAGUAGUACUGGACUGUAGCUCCCAAGCAGGAAGAUGAAAUGCAGGUGAUGCUGUAGCUGAAAGUGUAGUAGUAAUUCAACAGUAAAUGUAAGCUUGAACAUGUACAGUGGUUCCUGUGACAGAAAGAUUAGCGUGUAAUAUUGACCGGUCAGCAUUUUGCUUCCAACUACAUCAGCACUAAUCUAGGAGGAGAAUACUAGCUAGAAGAACACGAAUCACCAAAUUAAUGUUGAUUACGCAAUUGCUCUACGUUGCCAUGAGUACCCUACAACAAGAUUUAAUGAGACAAAGGAUUUAGCCUUUCUUCUUCUCUGUAGCUUGUCAAUUUAGAGGUACUAGGAUAACUAAAUCAAAUAUCCCAAAUACCCAGAGUGCACUAGGGCCACUCAUUAUUAAAGGGUUACUCUACUCAGUUCAGCUGUGGGCUAACCUGGCCUACUCUGGAAUCUCCUUUCUUUGCUUCCUUCACUCCUUCUUUCCGUCCUGUAUGUAGAUCCUCUCCGAGGAGCCUCUUGAUCAUUCAUCAUCAAUGCACUGCGCUAUUAUUUCCCUCUAGUCCCUCUGUAGUAGAGGAGGCGAUCAAGAGAAGAGAGGGUGGGAACCAUUUGUUCUCCAUCUGGCCAACUGUAGUCUUCUCUCUGCUUUGAUUGAGACAAAGACCCAGUAAGCCCCCAGAGCUUUAGAGACAGUCACAGCUGGUAUGGGACCGGGACUGGGAUUCUGAAUGAGACAGGGCUAGAUGAGGUGAAUUUGGUUCUGGUUUCUGGAUCAAUUAUUCUCUCUUCCCCCAACACAUGGCACAACAAUACAGGGAGUGGCGGCUGUGCUGUGGGUGGCACGGUCGGUUACAGAUGAUAGCAGGUUCCAUAUCACACAACCACCGUAUCACACCACCACCAUAUCAAACCCUCGCAUCUAAACCUCAAGAAUCCAUGACAGCACCACUCAGUCUGGUCUGCUUGUAUCAGUGUGUGUGUUGGCACUGCUAAAUACACUACUGUACACUACUGCUAUUCAUGACAUGUCGAUUACUGUAGUUUCACAUAGAUCUAGCAUUUAGCCAAAGAACUGAUGCUGUGUCAUUUUCUCUAAGCUCUUUUCAUCUGAAUAGCUAUUGAAAGUAGGCCUUAUACUAUACCAAAACGAAUAGCCAUGUCUGGUAUGUACGAUGAAUCCAUGCCCUCCUGGUCUUAUGUCCUCCACAAAAGGCAGGGUAAAGAAUCUUUCAUAUGAACCCGAUUAAACUGUGCUCUGGGGUUAGAAUUCCCUCUGCUGGCCAGGGCUGGGAAUUGCCAGGGACCUCAUGAUACGAAAUUAUCACGAUAGUUAGGUGCCAAUAUGAUAUGUAUUGUGAUUCUCACGAUUCUAUAUGUAUUGCGAUUCGAUACUGCGAUUUUAUUAUAUGCGAUAUGAUGUUCCAAACAUAUUGCUCACUAUGUCUGCUGCAGAGAGACGAGAGAGCAUGUGAACAUUUAUUUUUAUUAGUCAUGGAAAUAAAAGUGCUGAAAACAUGUUGGGUCACUAUAUAUAUAUAUAUAUAUAUAUAUAUAUAUAUAUAUAUAUAUAUAUAUAUAUGUAUGUAUGUACUACCGUUCAAAAGUUUGGGGUCACUUACAAAUGUCCUUGUUUUCGAAAGUAAAGCAAUUUCUGUGUCCACCAGCUGCAUUAAGUACUGCAGUGCAUAUCCUCCUCAUGGACUGCACCAGAUUUGCCAGUUCUUGCUGUGAGAUGUUACCCCACUCUUCCACCAAGGCACCUGCAAUUUCCCUGACAUUUCUGGGGAGAAUGGCCCUAGCCCUCACCCUCCGAUCCAACAGGUCCCAGACGUGCUCAAUGGGAUUGAGAUCCGGGCUCUACGCUGGCCAUGGCAGAACACUGACAUUCCUGUCUUGCAGGAAAUCAUGCACAGAACGAGCAGUAUGGCUGGUGGCAUUAUCAUGCUAGAGGGUCAUGUCAGGAUGAGCCUGCAGGAAGGUUACCACAUGAGGGAGGAGGAUGUCUUCCCUGUAAUGCACAGCGUUGAGAUUGCCUGCAAUGACAACAAGCUCAGUCCGAUGAUGCUGUGACACACCGCCCCAGACCAUGAUGGACCCUCCACCUCCAAAUCGAUCCCGCUCCAGAGUACAGGCCUCGGUGUAUCGCUCAUUCCUUCGACGAUAAACGCGAAUCCGACCAUCACCCCUAGGUGAGACAAAACCGCGACUCGUCAGUGAAGAGCAUUUUUGCCAGUCCUGUCUGGUCCAGCGACGGUGGGUUUGUGCCCAGGCGACGUUGUUGCCGGUGAUGUCUGGUGACGACCUGCCUUACAACAGGCCUACAAGCCCUCAGUCCAGCCUCUCUCAGCCUAUUGCGGACAGUCUGAGCACUGAUGGAGGGAUUGUGCGUUCCUGGUGUAACUCGAGCAGUUGUUGUUGCCAUCCUGUACCUGUCCCGCAGGUGUGAUGUUCUGAUGUACCAAUCCUGUGCAGGUGUUACACGUGGUCUGCCACUGCGAGGACGAUCAGCUGUCCGUCCUCUCUCCCUGUAGCGCUGUCUUAAGCGUCUCACAGUAUGGACAUUGCAAUUUAUUGCCCUGGCCACAUCUGCAGUCCUCAUGCCUCCUUGCAGCAUGCCUAAGGCACGUUCACGCAGAUGAGCAAGGACCCUGGGCAUCUUUCUUUUGGUGUCUUUCAGAGUCAGUAGAAAGGCCUCUUUAGUGUCCUAAGUUUUCAUAACUGUGACCUUAAUUGCCUACCGUCUGUAAGCUGUUAGUGUCUUAACGACCGUUCCACAGGUGCAUGUUCAUUAAUUGUUUAUGGUUAAUUGAACAAGCAUGGGAAACAGUGUUUAAACCCUUUACAAUGAAGAUAUUUUAAGUUAUUUUGAUUUUUAUGAAUUCUCUUUGAAAGACAGGGUCCUGAAAAAGGGACGUUCCUUUUUUUGCUGAGUUUAUAAAUUAUAUAUAUAUAUUUUAAAGAUGGAGAACAAGCUAUAGGAUGAAAAAUACCAGAGUUUUGGAGCAGGUAUAGCCGACUAGUUUUAGCUAACGCUACCAUAUUGUGAUAUGUGACUAUCGAUAAUUUUUUGUGUAGUUUUUUUAUCACAAGUUUGACAUUAGAAUUAAGAUGUGCUGAACUGAAGAUCAAUCUGAAGUAUGGGUGAAAGAAUGGAGAAUAUAAUUGUUAUAUAAAGCUUGGAUGUGUGUUGUCUCCUUUUUCCUCUCUAGCUCCAGUGAUUAACGUGACUGAGGCCCAGGACUCAGGCCCCACCUCUGGGGAGAACGGCAGGGAGCCUGGCCUGGAAUUCUCCUCUGACUCGAAGGUGAGAGAGGAGGGAGGGGAAUGCUCUAACUCAAUCUCUUCUCUUUCGAGGUAGAAUCAAAUAUCCUGUUGUUGGAUUGGUUAUUAAUUGUCUGUCUGUUCCUAAUCUCAUUUGUCUCAAAGAAAUGCCCCCAAGGUUUCACUACAGGGAACUAAAUUCAUUGUAUGUCUACUGUCUAGCUUAGAAUAAUUAGCCUAUUGUUCUGUUUGUUAGAUUGUAUGGAAACCAACCAAUAUAUUGACUUAGUCUUGGUACAUUUGGUUUUGUCAUGUCCCACGUCCCUCUUCUAAAGAUCUACUGUGUAAUGCGUUUCUUUGCGUUGUGAAAAAUCGACCCAACAAACCCCCUCAUUCAGCCUAGUAGUCAAACAACAGCCACUGUAGCAAUGUAGAGUUUAAUUGAAUUCGCUAGAGCUAUAGGAUGCCAUUUUGAACUGUCUGCUCCGUGCCCCUGCUAGUUAUUAUUCGAAGAGUUUAGGACUUGCUUGACAUUUGGUAGCUGUAUAAAGGAUCUUAUUCAGUCUUACAGUGAGUUGGCCAUGAAAGCCAUGUAUUCAGGUCAUUAUGUAACCUGUGGUACUGAGAGCAAAGAAUUCAGAGGCUCAUCUCUUCAGUGAUAAAGCCCAGCUCAUUGGAGACACUGUCUUAGUUGUGCAAGGGGUAAUGUACUCCGAUAGGACCAUGGGACCUCUGCGCCCUCUCCCCCUUUGCCAUUGUGAUAUUAAUCAAGACUCCACUAACUGGAUUUAUGUCCGGCAGAUGUUGUCCUGCCAUGGCAGGGUAGAUGUAUGGUUCUCAGGGGUUUAUCUGGAAGUGAACAUGUUGUUAAGGGGACAGAGCUGAAAGUAAUUGAGUUUUGAAUUUGAUUUGAAUGAGAACAACCAGAGUACAACGGUGCUCUAACUCGAUCACAAAGACCUUCCUGUUUUUGGGUUGCUUUAAUUUCUUCCCCCUGUUAUCUAUUCUGCCUUCAAUCUGCCGCUCUGUCCACUAAUGAUGUCAGCUCUAAUCCUGUUGUACAGUUGUAGAAUGUGAUUGACCCUCCUCCCUCACACCCCACCCCCCCUCUUCCCCAGCACCCCCUGACCUUUGACCCCUGACCUUUUACACUGCCCCUUCUCCGCGACCUCUUGUCUGCACCCCUGUGUCACUCUGCUGCACCCCUGACGUGACACGUCUCACUGACUAAUGGUGUGUUUCUCUCUCUCCCUCUCCUCUCUUUUCCUGUGCACUCUAUUUCCUGUUACCGUUUAUAAUUUCUCACACACAUUUUUCUUCUCUGGGUUGUGGUUUUGCUUGUGUUUUCCCUACUCACCCCUCCUGCAUGGUGUCUACAUGUGAACUGCUCUCUUUCUCUCUCUGCGGCGGGGAAACGAUGGGUCCCUCACUGUGCAGUCGAUCUUCAUGUUCCCCCUGUCCUUCUCCUCCUCCUCCUCCUCAAUGUCAUCCCUCCCUCCCAUACUGGACUCUGAGCUGGACGUUCUGUCCGACAUCUCGGAGGAUGACCCGCUGUCCUGGGGCCAGCUAGACGGGGACGGGGACUACCCUGGUAUCUGGGACCCUGAUUGCACCCCUCAGCAGCAGCAUCCAGACAGCUUGGCUGCAGCAGAGCACUACCAUCACCAGCCUCUAGAGGCCUCUCCUCCCCCCUCCCCCCUGGCCUGUACCUCAGAGCCCCAGGAAGGGUCACCUGCCCAGGUCAAGGCUGCGGCUCAAUCCAGGCUGGGCUUCUCCCUGCUGGGCAUGUUGACGGGCCUGCGCCUGGGCCUCCUGCCCUUCUCUCUGCUGGAUGAGGAAGGCUACCUCUGCUUUCCCAGUCUGCCCCAGGACUGUGCUGCCUGCUUGGUCCCCGCGGGGCUGCAGCGCUACCUGCCCCUCUCCUCCCCCUCCCUGGUGCCCUCCUUUAUGUUCAUCUUGGCUGUGCUGCUGUCUGCCUCCCAGUCCCUGGCUCUGGCCUUCCUCCUGGCCCUGCCCCUGGCCUUGUCGCUGUGCUAUCUGGAGCCCAAGGCGCCCGGCCCCGUGGCACACAGACACACACACUUCCCUGCUGCAGGAAGAGCUGUGUGACCCUGCUGCCUAAAGGCCGCUACAAUCUUUACGCAAAUGCAGCGACGGCGCGUCGUUCUCUAUGUAGCUCUAUGUACUUGUGUGCGUGUCAAAUUUUGGAAUGGAACGUGUACGACGCUCCGUUGCUCUGUUUGCGUAGGGUGUGUAGGGCCUUUCAAGUGUCACCAUGUCACCACCUCCCUACCUCUCUCACCUCAGCGUGUUCUGCACUCCCUCCCUGUUACGUUUCUCUAUCCUGUUCCCUUUCUUCUCCAAACCUUUGAUUUCCUUUGAUGUCAAAUGACCACAUUUAAUUGUAAUCUUUCGCCAAUCUCCAGAGAUCUUAAAUUAGUUCUUAUGACAAUCAUUCAUAUUGUACCAGUAUUGGCUGCUCUGUCAUGAAUCCUUUUUGUUAAAUGAAUAAGAGGAAAAUGAUACCUUGUAUACCUUUUUUAGUGUUGUAAAAUUAUAAUUUCCUGUGUCACCGUACGUUUGGCUGUAAAUGUUGAUAAACAGGUAGAUGUGUGUAUAUAUAGAUGUACAGUAUAUAUCUGUUAUCAAGUUACGUUUGGCCUUUAAGGACGUUAUUGCAGUGUUGCACCCCCUGCCCCUGUCCUUUUCAGUGUUAUUAGUCGCCAUUUAAUAUGCCAGAGUUUCUCACCAUUUUUGAAAACGAUAAGAAACCCAAAGUAGAAAAUAACAAAAAAACGUAAAAUCAGCUCUACUCAGAAAAUCGCCCCCGGUCCCAUCAUGCCUUACUCUCAUGUGGCCGGAGCAUGGCCGCUCCUCCCUCAGUCACAUGACAUUGCACCGUUAUGUGGUGCUGCUGGGAAUCAGCCUUUCCCAUCAUCCAUUUCACCUUCUCAUUCUCCCCAACAAAACCAUUCCCACUACAAACACCAUGCAGGUAGAGGAGGAGCCUAGCGAAGGGGCGGCGGCCACACCUACAGAGGGCACUGAGGUCUGUGAGGGCAGCGGCCAUCUUUGCCAUCGUACUGCACCUUUAAGAUGAUCUAUAAUACCAUAUAUACAGAGAGCUAUGGGCAGUGCAGGAGGUGUCAAACUAACGUGUCCUUUUCUCCUUGGCACUCACAGAUGAAAGGAGAUGAGGCAGACUCCUCCCAACAGGUUGAUUGAUUUGAUGUGUGAUUGGUUGUUUGAUGGUGUAUUUGUCUAUAAAUCAUCUGGGUUUUUCCACAUCCUCACUGCUCCUCAUUUUGUAGGCUGGGUUUGACUUUUGCGGCAGGAAUGUAUGCUUUGUAUUUGGUUUCUUUCUUUCUGCUGGUGCCACUGUGAUCUGAGAUGUAUUUGGUGUGUUUAUUUCAAGGGGGAAAAGGAGUACAACACACUGCUGUCCAACCACACACCACCAAAGCUGCACAUAACGCUGUUAGGACAUUAUUUUGGAUUGCCUUAGCUGCAGCGUUCUAAGGGUUAACACCCAAAUAAGCUCCACAUUGUGAGGACUACGUGUUCUCUAUGUCCACAUUUUAGUAUUAGAGUUGUAUUACACAGCUAAGGUGAAGUGUGGUUUGGAGAGGGUCCAUUCUGGUCUGCCCUGACCACUACUGGACUUUCAGUGUGCUUGUGGCCCAGUCUCCACAGCCUCUGCUCUGUAGUUCCACUGUCCUUUUUUUUUUUUUACACAAACGCCUCAUGUCUACAUUUUUUGAUUCCACAGAGCGGAAAGUUGAGAGUGCAGGGGGAAAAUAUAUAUGUCAGACAUAGCAAUUUAAUGUUGGAGGUUGGUAAGACUAUGAUAUCUAUUGGCGCCUAACUAAAGGGAAUCAAAGCCCAAGCCUGUGUCCUCUUGGCUCCUGUCCCAGGCUGACUACUCCAGUCUACCUCUUCACUCUCAGGCUCUGUGUGUGUGUGUGUGUGUUUGAACACCAAUGCAUGAAUCUGCAUGUGUGACAGGGAUGGGGAUUGGGUGCAUGUCUGACCCAACAGGUUUUGGAGUUUAGUGUGGUGAGGGUGACUGCUGAUUACCACCCUAAUAUUGAGUAGAUUUUGUUUUGUGUGUAUUUAGUAUUUUCCGGUGAUAUCUGACUAAUUUGUUUCCCUAACCCAUUUAGGGAUAUUUCUGCUCUGGUUGGCUUGAUUUGAGUUGUGAAUUUGUAAUGGGGUAAUAACCAACUAAACCUACCCAGAGUGCUCUCUAAUCUCAGACAUUAGCAACGUGGAACUGGCAUGGUGCCCUACGCCAUGUAAUUACCAGAAUGGAUUUUUACACUAUUAAAUGACAAUAACUAAACCUUUAUUAUGACCUUCCCUUACUGAGGUCACGAUAGGAGAAAUUACUUAGAAUAGACUCCUGAAGUAUAGAAAAUGAGAACAGCGUUUCAACUCUUCUGGAGUAUGUUGAAUGGAAAUAAAAAAUAGUUAAUGUAAAUGUAUUUAAAGUGAAGCCACACUCCGUGUUGCUUAUCACCGUGGCAACAGCGUGUGCCUUAUGCCGUGUAUAAUUGCACACCUGUCGAAAUGUGUGACGGCGAGACACGUUUUAAAGCCAAACCCUUGUUCAACGGUGUCGAAGGGAAAAUUGGUCCCUCUGGUUGGGUUCCACUGGCAGUUCCACGUUUUGAUGUUCAUGUGUAGGCUACUACUGAACUAAAGGGUUAAACUCCUAACAAAGCCUCACCUCACUGAUGCCUCACUCUCAUCACAACCUUUGAUCAGUGUGGAUGUUUUCUACAUCCUCCUCUUCUCUAAAAGGGUUCAAGUUCAAAAACAAGUUCAAAUCAGAGUGCUUUUAAUUGGAUAUCGUUAUCCAUUAAUUAGAGUGAGGUCACGAUUGGGACUGUGUGUAAAUUUUUUCUUAGUCUCACUAAUGACAAUGAAGAAGCAGUACCCCUACUACCAUGUAGAUUCUGUUGAGUGAUAGCGCCUCCUGGUGGUUCCUAAGGAAAUGCACUCAUUACUUGAAGCUAGGACUCCUUGGCCAAACUAAGCUUAUAAUUGUAAUAUUUAUAUUCAUAUUUACGGAUCCCAUACAAGUUUGUAAUUAAGGCACAUGAAAGUUCACUUUUUCAAGAAGGCAUUUCUGGAUAAAUAAAAUAUUUAUUUUAUUUAUUUAUUUGGACCUACUGUGAGGCUGGAAAUAGCGGCAAACACCUAUGAUCCUGAAUACGGUCACAAAUGGUUCACCCAUACACACACUAAAACUAGCCAUACACGGGCAGUCAGUGAGGCUUGGCGUCCAUCCUGUUACUAUCAUGGUUUCCAGACUAAUGUACCUGUUGUCCGUUGUUGUCCCCUCCUCUCCUCACCCCCCACCAUGGCUAUGUGUGGCAUCCUCCUGGCACCGCUAGGACCUGGAUAAGACUCAGGAGGAUGUUUUGAAACAUCAGGCUAGCAUUAGCGAGUUAAAGCGCAGUUUUAUGGAGGCCACCCCUGAGCCGCGUCCCAGUCAGUGGGAAAAGCGCCUCACAGCCAGCCCGGCUACAAGCCUGCGUCUGCAGGCCCAAGGGGUAUGUGUUCAGCCGUGUCCUACUGUCCCUCCUACCGUCAGUCCUCCUGUCCCACCAGCCUGCCUGCAUGUCCUCUACUCUCCUCCCUGUCUCCACCUCUCUCUGAUCUGUCUCUAGCCUGCUGGGAGGCCCUGGCUCCAACCUCAGUCCCCUGGUUCUGACUCGCUAUAUGUUUGAUUAUUAUGUGACAGUUGGGAUGUAGAAACACCAUUCCUCCUCCCUCCCUCUCCUCUUCUCUCUCUUGUCCUAAUUCCACUAAUUCAGCAAUUCCCCCCUCCCGCCACUAUCCCGAACAGAUGAGUAGAGCACUCUAAGAAUAACACCUGUCAGUCCUCUACACGUCACUAGAAUACACACCUGCGCUCUCUCUCGCGCUCUCCCACCCUCUCUUUCUCUGUCUCUCUCUCCCUCGCCUCCCUCUGACUGUUAAGUGGAUUUAAAGAUAUUACCCAUAAUCCCAACUGUCACACAGGGGCCUCUGUGGGCUCCUCUAUCUGCCUGUAAAUGCUAUUCUUUGUCAGCUUCUCUUCUCCCUCAGCCAAUGGCUGGCUGAGUUUAUCUCAUUACUGUACUUCACCCUGUUGCUGUUAUGAACGGUCAGCCUCCAAUCGGAUUAGUUCUCUGGCUGACUGUCCACAUCUGAAGCACUGUGAUCUCUUGUAUUUCUGUUCUGAGCUGUAGAUACACAUAUUAUUUGAUUGUCAUGCUGCGCCACCUAAUAUUCUUUCGCUAUUGUUUUUUUUCUGUGUUCCUCAAGUUUUGCCCUGCCUAUGUAAUGUUUGAUGAUACAAAGAGUUGCAAUUUUAUUUGCACGCUUUUAUUGACUUUCUCAGUGCUGUCUAAAGUGUGCUUUUCUUUCUUUGAGCUGCAAUUUUCACUGCUGAAUUUCACAACUGUGUAUUUACUGUCAUUCACGUGCACUUGUGCAUUGGUGUAACCGCUCCUCCUCCUUUCAGCUGGACAAGCCUCACUUUUGAGUUCCUACUUCAAGUGUCUCCUCUUGUGAUUUCCCCCCUGUGUUUCCUACUUAUGUUUGGCUGUGUUGAGUGAUGUACUGCAUGCCUGCCUCUCACUCGUCCCUCUCGUCACUCUCUCUACACCCAACAAGCAGGUGAUAGUGUUCACACACAGGCCUCGGGCCUGGUGCUGGACCUGUGUGAUAAACAGAGUGUGUGUGGUAUGUCUGUGUGUUACCGACGUGCUGCCUCAUUCCUAGAACACACACCUCCACCAUCCCCGUCUCAAAACUGCACUGAAUCACUCUGCUCACUCACUCAGCCACUGGAUAGUUUUAAGGGCUCUUCUGUUGUGUUUCACUGUUUGUAUAGACUAGCUUGUGAAAGUGACUACUCCUCUUCUCUCCAGUAAUGUCUGUCCUUCCUCUAAUUCUGACAUCUUUGCUUUGUCAUUCUCUAACCUGUGUAGAGCUUGGAAGAGGAAAUGACCUCCAUUUUAUUCAGUAAAUUUGCCUGCGAGUCUGGUCUGGUUGAUCCCGGCUGCACUACCACUAGGCAAGCAGCAGAGGGCGCUGUAGUCACUGCCUCUGGCCGUAUGGCCUCAGCUCCACUCACUGCCGAGGUCGUCCUCAAUACAGAUGAAUCAAAACCAACAAAACAUCAGGUCGCUACCCAUGCGACAACUAAUGUAUUGUCGCAUGGUGCAUCUCUUUAACUCUGCCACACCAAGUUCAUGACCAGUCCAGACUACCACACACAAUCAAAGUAGUAUACACCUAUUAUGGUGACUAGAUGUGUUGUUGGCUUGGCAGUGCACAAUAUGAUGCAAUUAUAAGUAUUUGCAGAUGACCUACUCAUUUUUGCACACACGCUGUAAGAGAUUAUAGAGCAAACCAGGCUGGCCAUAAACUUUGGCAUGAAUAUUUUCUUGUCAUUUCAUACGCUUCUGUCGAUUGCCAUUUCUUUCUCUGAAUGCUCAUGUUCUGUCUCCUUUGAGUGGUCUGUGUUACUAAAUCUGUUUAUAUGCUAUAGAACUGUUAAAGGUUCCCUUCCUACAGAUGGGUAAUGAGGUGGUAAUGUUUGUGCAUGUCAGAGAGACAUCUCUCCCUCCUCCUAACCCGGGGAACCUGUACAGUGCUAUGGUAACCGUAGAGAUUCCUGAUGUCAUGCUGAUGUGUGUGAGUGACCGCUGCCUGUUGGUUGCCUUUACGUUCCACAGAGAAGCCCCCUACCCAGAACCCAGGAGCCUCUCCCUGACCUCACGGUGGACACGGUCGCCAAGGUGGUCCCCCCAUCUAACACCGCCUCCGCCCCUCCUCCAUCCCCCACCCCACACAUACACUUAACCUCCAGCUCAUCUCUCCUUUUUCAUUUCAGCCAUUUCUUCUUCCAGCCAUCCAUCCAUCUCUCUAUUUCUCUCUCCUUUUUCUGGUUACCAUCCCUCCUUAUGUUUGUUGCGUUGCCUUUUUUCAGUUGGUGGUGUUCUUUGUUGGGUUGUGUGGUCAUCUUUUACGUUUCUGUUGUUCUCUCUCCAUCCCGUUUGUUGUUUUUGUUCUCUGGUGUAGAGCGCAGAUGACAAACCGAAAUCCGGCGAGGCGGCGUGGCAGGCAGCAGAGGUUGAGAUAGAAGAGACUGUAGUCGUCGAGGAGAUCAGGGUGGCCCCCAAAGGCUCCGUCACCGUCACCACCCACGAGGUGGUCACCCCCGUUGCCAUGGAGACGGAGGUCGAGAAGCCCAAAGAGGAAGGGAUAGAGGAAGUUAAGGAGAAGGUUAAGGAGGAGCAGAAGAGGCCUGUGAGCGUGUCCUCGGACAGCCACAGUGAGAGCGAGGAGGAGGAUGUGGGGGAGUACCACCCCCAGGUCACCGUCAGCGCCUCAGUGGACCAGAUCAAAGAAGAGCCCGAGGAGGAGGAGGAACAGAAAGUCAAUGAAGAACCAGAGCCAGUUACAGAACCAGAACCACUCCCAGAGCAAGUGGUUAAAGUAGAGGUCGAGGUAGAGGCCCAGCCUGCCCCUGCAGUAGUGGAAGAAACCUCAGUGGCAGAACCACAACCAGCCCCUGUGGCGGAGGAGAGCACCGAGGACAUCCUGGUCAGCCCUUACGAGGCCCCUAACGGGCACGCCGAGGCCCAUGAGGGCCAUCCCGGCCUCGUGGCCCUGGAAGAGGAGGAGGAGGAAGAGGAGCCCAGAGUCAACGGGGACGCGUCUCACUCAGAGACAGAGCGCCUCCCCCAGGUUAUUUGUUGCUCUGAGGUAAAUGAAUGGCUGCCGUCUCCCAGACCUGCGUAGUGCAGAGCACGGCCCACCGCCUAGCCUACUGCUACAUACUACGCACUUCUGACCUCCACCACCCACCUACCUCCCUCCUACCUACUUACUACAUACCUAGCUGCCUACCUACCUUCAUAUUGUACCUGCACGCCUGCUGAUUCUCUACGCUGUCUGUCCGUGCUUCUGUCGCUCAGCACCUGAGCGUCACAGCAAUGGAACGCUGAAGGCCUUUCACCUGCACAGCGGUCGCUUGGGCUAAUUUUCGCUAAAGGAAGUUAAAUGAUAAGUGAUAAUCGUAAGAAGUAAUGGCUAAUAUCCCCCAGCAGCACCUUCAGUUGUGGAUCUGUGCCAAAGCGCUGCCCUCCUCUACUGUCGAUCUGUCCCCCAGACUACUUCACUGUAAUCAUCACCACCUCUCAGUCCACCACGUUUCUGUUGGUGUUUUAUUUUACUCUGUGUGUCGGCCCUGGUCCCUGUGUUUGUGAACGCACUGGCAGAGAUGGCGCUGAGAAUUGCGUGGGAGUGGAGGCGUUGUUGUUGUGCAAUGCAUGGCACCUGUGUGUGUGUGUGUGUGUGUGUGUGUUUGCUACAGCAUGUGAAGUGUGUGUCCCCUUCCCUGUAUUGGGUCUUUAUUUGGCUAAGUUCUUGGUUGAGAUGAGUCAUUGCCUGGUCACUGGCAUUAAUUGGGUUUCGUCUCCGCCGUGACUGUCUUCAAGGACUCGUCCUCCCAAGCACUUACUUAAAUGUCACGCCGUUCAUUUGUGGGAACGUCAAUGCAUGUCUGUACCGUGCUGUUGGUCGCCUGUGGCAAAGAUCAAAGCAAAAAUGCAUUGUACCGUUACAUCAAAGUUACAAAAACCUCUAUUAUUUGCUUCAUUUGCUUAUUUUUUUGCUUUUUCAGUUGGUAAUUUAGCUUGCAUGCGCAUGGUUGCAUGGUUACGCCAAAGAGAUUGUAGUUUAUACUUAUGUGCAUUUUUGUAAUGUUCAUUUGCAGCUCGUGCAUGAGUUCUGUUCCUACUGCUUUAGAGGUUGUGCUGUGUUUGCCUUGCCCUUGGUAAAUGUGAAGUGUGUGUGUGUGUGUCUGUCCUGACUCUCUCCCCCUGCCCCCCAGCCUCCUGUGGUGAAGACCGAGAUGGUGACCAUCUCAGACACGUUUGCGGCCCAGAAGACUGAGAUUGCCACUAAGGAGGUUCCCAUCGUGCACACAGAGACCAAGACCAUCACGUACGAGGCUGCCCAGGUAGGACCACUCCUCAGAUGGCCCACUACCACUAAAUAGAUAGUGUUCAGACUGGCGAUAUGAUGCUCUAAUCGGCUCGUUGUGUGUUCUCCAGCUGGACGGCAGUGGAGACGGCGAACCAGGCGUUCUCAUGACAGCCCAAACCAUUACCUCUGAGUCACUGUGCACCACCACCACCACACACAUCACCAAGGUAACUACAUGUCACCGCACACGUCACCGUGGUAGCCACACACAUCAAAAAGGGAACCACACACUUUACCAUGGGAACCACACACUUCACCAUGGCAACCACACGUUGCCAUGGUAACCUCAAAGCCACAUCCAUCACCAAGGUAACAGCCCAGCUCUCCCUGGUCCAUUGUGUAAAUGCCAUGGUAUGUAGUUUGUGGGCUCUGGCAGGGAGGACUGGAUUCCCAUCUGGCAGCAUUAUUCUGUGUAAUCUGUGUGCAAAUGAAGAGCAGCCUGCUCUGUAGUCUGUUGUGUUGAUGCUUGGGGCUGUGACUGGCACCUACCCAGCCCAGGCAGAAUUCCUCUGUUGUGACUUGGUGCAGACUCAUAGAUGCCAAACCCCAGCCCAAGUUUGUGUGCCGCACCUGGCAUCAAUAGACACCAAACAGCAGUGGACAGUGCUCUGGUUUUCCUCUACUCCCUUGCUGGCGGGCACCAAAUUCAUUUAUACACAUAGCUGGGGUUGUUUUCUCUUUUAAAUACUCCUCCAUUGGAGCAAGGAGAUACUCUUGAUACAGUACUUCUAAGGAUCGCAUAUUUUAAUUUCAUGAAAUUCGGCUCAGUGCAUAAUGGAAGCCUCCUCUGGAUCAGCUCCUAGAUAGAUAUUAUCACCUAUGGCUGCAAAUAUUGAGGCAGCUUAUUCUAAUGCUUAGGCUAUCCUCUGUAUUAAAUCGAAUAUUGGCCAUAUCAUUGUGCAUGUUAGGCCUACACAUCAUGAAAUUGAGAAAAUUACAGACCGUAGCCUACAAUUAGCUAAAUAGAACUCAAUUGAUUGAACAUGAAAUGUAUUUCAAUAUUAUUGAAAUAUAUUGGCCUUAUGUAGCCUAUGCUGUAUUUAUCUUUUAAUGCAGUCAUCUCAGUUUUAAUUUGAAGCAUUUUUACCCUUUGCUGGUUGUAACAAUUGCAAAGACUUUGGCAACUUCAUAUUUGUAGUAAACUUUGUUCUGAAGUUAUCAGCGGUUACAGAUAAACAUCUUGAUUAUAUGUUUAGAAGAGCUCUUCUGUGUAUAAAGACGUGGAAGGGCAAAAAAGCAUCUAAUGACGCACUUAGCUGUUCUGGUUUGAGGCAGCCGGUAAAUAACAAGCAUUUUCAAGUGCAACUUUAGUAACAAUGGUUUUGGGAAACAGCUCUGAGAUUAAACAAUGCUCCUACGAUGGGUUCUAACGAUGAACUUGGCCUUAAGAUGCUUUUGGGAAACCGGGGACCUGGAGGAUUUGUUGUUUUACUAAUACAGUAUGUCUGUGUACUUAUCCUGAACAUUUGGCUGUUUGCAGACAUUAAAAGGUGGUCUCUCAGAAACCAGGAUCGAGAAGCGCAUUGUCAUCACCGGAGACUCAGACAUCGACCACGAUCAGGUGAGCGUCAAGUCAGUCACACCAAUCAGACACGUCCUCUGGUGGGAACCAAUUACACAGUGUACCACAGCAGCUUGUAUUACUGAAUGGAAGAUGUCGGCUUAUUACAUUUCUGUCCAAGAUUUUCCAUAUAGUGAACAUUUAUACUUAUGGAAAUAUGAGAAUGUACCAUACUACCAACUGAGGUCAACCACUCAUAAUAUGUGCAGUUCAGUUAUGUGGUAUAUCUGAGAGAAUAUAUUAUUGACAAUUUUAGCAAGAAUGAGAAUUCAAUGUGGUGGCCCAGUAUCUCUGGUGUCUGCUCCUUUUAGACUAGAAAUGGCAAUAAGGACUUAAGUGUUUUCAGUCAUUGUCUCAGCUGAAAGAGAUGCAUCGAUCCCUGUGAAAAGACCUCGCUCUCUGAUUUAUAGUGUCAAGAGUCUUAUACCUCCAUAUGAGAGUUCAUCUGGUCAUUAAACUAAAGAGUACAGCAGACAGAUACACUCCACGCAAAGAGGUCCCUGUUGAACUCACAAAUAUUCACAACAACAUAUGUUUCCACAUUAGAAGUUCAUCCCAAACCCCAAAGGGACAAGCACGGGCAGACGUCCAAGCCGCACUUUCCAUGUGAAUGUCCCUCUCCCUCCUCCCAUCCUUUGUCUUCAUUUUAUGUUUUGCCGUUUUUUGUUGUCGCCGCUGCUUUUCUCAUCUGUAUCCAUAGCGCCUCCAUUUUGUUAGUUUUCUGUUCCUUUGUUCUCCUUUAUUUCCGUUAAUGCCAUCGUCUCCCUUUCCUUUUGGGUGUGUUGUUGCCGGGGGCCACCCCGGGUAGGCCUUGGCCCAGGCUAUAAAGGAAGCCAAAGAGCAGCACCCUGACAUGUCAGUGACACGGGUGGUGGUCCACAAAGAGACAGAGCUGGCAGAGGAGGGCGAGGACUGA